AAUGAAUAAAAAAAAAAUAAUAUUUUUCUCAUUCAUUUUCGAAUUAUUUAUAAUUGCAAACACACAAAUAAAAUUAAUUGGUCCUUUUUGGGUCGAUUUCAAAGAAUUUCAAUCAUGUAAUUUGAGCAUUAACUAUCCGAUACAAUUCAACUUUUAUCCUCGCAAAGAUACUAAAUACUCUGAACUAUUAUUUGGUAACAUUACACUACAGAGACCGCUUGAUGAUUCACUUAGAAUGAGUAUUCUGCUUGGCAACUUUGAUACAAUCGGACUUAGGAAAGAAAAUUCUCUAGCUCAUGUUAAGAAAGCAUGUACAUCACUUAAAAUGGGACUUUACGGAGAGAAAACUUGGAAAAUAUUUACUGAUACUUUUAAAAUUCCUGCCGACUGUCCCUGGUCAAUUGGGCAUUAUGUUUCAUCUGGAUUUAAUACCAGUGCAUUUAAAGAAUCUCACUUUCCAAAAUCGUUCAUUUAUGGAAAAUACACUAGUCGUUUGCUUUAUCUUGACCGAAAAAAUAAUAUAAUUAGUUGCACAAGAAUUUCUAUAAUAAUAAAUCCCUAUUCUUGAAAAUUAUUGUUAAUAAUAAUAAAUGUCGUGGUUUUUAUGAAUUAGAUACAAUAUUACAUGUUUAGAUGUAUAAGUUAUAAUCAGGUAGUGAUAUUUAUUAUAAAGUACAUUUAAGAUAUUGAAUUAAAAAACGGUAGUGCAGUGAUGUUGCGGUACAGAAUAGACAUGGGAUAUUUGAAAUAAGUAUAGAUGAUAUUUGACAAUGAUUAAAAUCAUUAUCAUAAGAUAUAUUUCGAAGCAAAUUUGUAUAUUGUGUUGAAUUCUAUGAAAUUGGUGUAUAAUUAC